UCUUGGAUGCUACAUCCAUCCAAUUUUCUUCUCAGCUUUUGCACACACACUCAACCAUGGCUGUCGGGAAGCCCUUACUCGCUAAUCCAACUAUUAGGAGGUUCCUCAUUUCCUCGUGAAGCCUCGAUCGGCUCAGACAGGUACUCGCUCACGACGAAGGCCGCUGCUACCCUUGGGGCUGGUGACUUGGAGGCUGCAGUGAAGGUCCCUCCUGGUGCGGAUGAGUACGAGUGGAUUGCUGUGAAGACAUUGGACAUCUUCAAUGAGAUAAACCUUCUACUAGGAGCAAUCAGCGACUUUUGUACCAGUGAAUCGUGCCCUGAGAUGAGGGCCGGUAAACAUUACGAGUAUGCCUGGGCCGAUGAGACCAAGUACCUUACUCCAACGCGGUGUGCAGCUCCUGUGUAUACAGAGUUACUUAUGAAAUGGGUGGACUCGCAUCUAGCAAAUAAGACUAUCUUCCCUACAGAGGAAGGUGUGCCGUUUCCUAGCAACUUCAUUCCAACUGUCAAGAAGCUCUUCAGAAGGCUCUUCCGAGUUUACGCCCACGUGUAUCACAGUCACUUCACACAGAUCGUGGACUCUGGCGCCGAGGCUCAUGUCAACAACGCCUUCAAGCAUUUCAUGUACUUUGUUAUGGAGUUUAGUUUGAUCGACCAGAAGGAGUGCACGCCUUUAUUGGAGCUCAUUCAGAAGCUCUGUGGUCGCCUACCUGCAUGA